AUGUUAUAUUUCCUUAGCAUUGUGAAAUUUCAGAUGCAUGUAAAUCUCUUAUUAUCAAACUUUUAGAUAAAGAUCCAUAAUAAAGAUUAGGAAGUAAAAACGGAUUUGAUGAAAUUAUUAAAGAAGAUUGGUUUAAUUAAAUUAAUAUUUAAGAUUUUCUUGAAAUAAAUAUAGAUGCACUAUAUAUUCCUAAUAAAGAGUUUGAAAUUAAAAUUACUUAUGUCGACUAGGUAAUUUUUUUAUAUAAUUUUUUAUAUAUUUUGA